AUGGCACUGCUCAAUAAGAUAUUCAAUAGGAAGAAAGACCAGAAAGCAUCCAAGAGUCUCAUCAAAAUUGAUGUCAGGGAGUCACCUGAGUUCAGAGAAGAGCAAGUUCGAGUCCUGUUGUUACGAGACUCAGAGACAAAUCGCAAGAAAAUUCUGUACGACUCACAGGCAGUGCAGAGAGUUCCCAUUUCUGAGACUCACCUUGGCAUCAACCAGAAAGGAAAAUGCCAUGGAGCCAAAUGUAAAGCAGGCAAACAAGAUGGCUUUGUGGAGGUAACGGAUGGCUAUGGAUACCAGUACCUCAGGCCCAUCUCAGAUGUGAGACAAGUGUACGAGAUGGUGUUUGGAUCAAUUGCCAUGGCCUACAAAGGAUCAACCAUGAAGCUCCACCCAGGAUCUGAUCCCCCGCAGUUGAUGCUUUCCAAGAUAUUCCCUGCACCACGAAGGAUCAAGGAGUUGCGCUCAAGCAGUGAUUGGAGUGUAGAGAAUUCCUGCACAAGCUCAAUUGGGUCCUUUGCCAAUGGUGGUUUGUCCCGAGUGAGCAGUGUAGACAGUUGCAUGGGACCAAGCUUGUCUGGGGAUAUGAGCAGUAGCCAUGGGAGCAGCAUUGGGCCACCAAGCCUCUCUGCAUCAACAGAAAGCAGUCUUUCAUCCAUUAACGGGUCAUGUGCAAGCUGGAGCAGUGAGUCUCUGCAGAGCUGGAUGGUGAAUCGGCGGCUGUGGCGUCACAUGCGGACAUCCAUGGACCACGGGACCGAUGGAGGACAUCCUAUGGUCCGCCGAGAUACCCAAGACUCAAUGGCAAGUGACAACGGCCUAGAUACCAGUGGAUCAGGAUUGGGUCGCCUCUCUCGACUUGCAAUAUCUCUUGUCAUCUCCCUUGAUCAAGAUGGACCAGCAAGAGAGCACUUUGAGCGGUUCUUCUACACAAACCUGCCAGCCAUUGAAUGUCUGGUGAUGAAGCUACAGUUAUGCGUUGAGCGGGCAUAUUCACAUUCAACCACAUUUGUUCACUCAAUGUAUGAAGGGGUGAAUGAGCUCAUUCAUGCCCUGGCAGACCUCUACACUGCACCUCGCAUCUCUCGGCCACUUUGGGUCCUUCUCCAUCAGGAUCCCUCUGCCUUCCCAUCAGGGUUCAUGCAGGAACUGGGUGACAUCCUUGCUCGUUAUGAUGUCAAAGAAACCAAUUUCUUUGUCAGCACACUCUUGUCAGCUGUCUUGACUCAUCACUUGGGUUGGGUGUUAGGCUUCAGUCCGAAGAUUCAAAAUGAUCCAAAUCCUGUGUUAUCACAAAUGGAAGACCUUCAUGGGAUCUGUGGGUUUCCCCCACGACAUGCCCGCACCCUUGUGAUUGGACAUAUUGUAACCCUCGUGCAACGUAUUGUUUACCUUCUGACCUACUUUGUGCGUUGUGAGGCAGUCUCUGAGCACAUCUAUGAGCGUGUUCAGCUCAAGCCCUCUCCCAGUGCUCUCUCUGUAAGAACUAUCAGUAGCACCAGCACAUUAAUCAAGACAGACAGCACAGACAAUGCUGCUAGUCUGAGAAGGACAGUCUCAAAUGCAAGGUUGUAUCCCAGGCUGGAGGAAGUGGAGGACAGCUUGGACCCUGGCAGUAUUGCUGAGAGGGUCCAGCGGCUCUGUCGUGUCAAUGGUCAGUCAAGGCACAUGAGACAUAGAUCGGCUGACUACACCAUUGUUACCAAAUCAGAAAAGGUAGAAGUGGAGAGUGCAUUUGAUCCUGUCUGUGAUAUUUAUCCAAAGCUGUCCCUCUCUUCAUCCCUCCUGGAUCAGAUGGAAGCAAACAAGAUCCAAAUACCUCCAGAUAAAAAUCAGAAAGUCGUGUUUGUCCUUGGAGAGAAUGAAAGACUUGAAUUGGUUCGACGGCAGCACAAGGCCAAGAAACAUGCUGGAACAUCCAAUGUUGAAAAUGGAGUUAUAUUAAAGCUUCAUGAAGUACCUGAAAUUCGCAUAGAAGAAGCCAAGCAUGUGUCAUCUGCUGCAUUGGAAAAUGCCUUCAAGUCAUCUCCAGCAAUUUUGAACAUUCCUGUGGUGCCAUCUGGACAUACAGAUGUUCCCAUGUCUUGUACUGUCUCUGGCAGUACUGGCCUGUCAGUUCUCCCAAAAAACUUGGACCAGUCCCAGUCUUGCUGUUGCCGAAUUCCCGUGCCAGUUUGUUGUUCAUGUACAAAGGAUGAAUCCCAAGUGAAUACUAGGUCAGAAACUUUGAAUUCCUCCAACAUUUGCCAGCCCAAAGAACUAGAAAGACCUCAUGUGGAGGCUUAUCCUACCCAUCUGUCAUGGACAGAUUUCUGUGAGAAAGCCCAAAAGGUCCCUAUCCCUGAUGUAAAUUAUGUGGGUCGCAACUCAAGUCCUCCAUGGAUGCCUGUGCUGUCACUUUUCCUGGAUGUCACAGAACGAUUUGUGUCAGGUGGAGCAGUGUCAGGGACCACCCAGGUCACCGGAUGGGAGAGUUCUCUCAAGCGGGAUCUUCUUGCUACAUCUCAGUGCUAUGGUGCUCCAGAUGGAAUUGCUGAAGCUGUCUGCAUUCUGGGAAACACUUCCAAUUGGAGUGUGGAGGUAAUGAGGAGCAACAGUGGGAGUUGGGAAGGAGGCCAGGUGGGAUCAAAGCAGAGCCUGUCUCCACUGGUUGCCGCCAUCCUUGAUUCAUUGCAGCAGCUUUGGAAGGCUCGAGUCCCUGCCCAGCAGUGUUUGGAGUACCUGGAGGCUGGGCUGCGUGAGAUUUACCUGCGUAGCCGGACCCUGGCAGAUUACUUGCUGGCGGAUAAAUUCUCAGACAUGGGGCGAGUGACUCGAAUGCUGAAGGUGGAGGUGGCCGACGUCCCGCUCCUGCUGGCCGCUGCUUCCACUCAUUCCCCUCAGGUCACCCGCAUGUAUGGGAUCUCGCAUCGGUGACCCACGACCCCACUCUAGUUGUUUAUUUGACUCUGGGACGCAUUCAUCUGUGACGUUGUUGCACAAUACUUUCGGGACUUUGUAGCGGAGUCAGUACCGAAUUUUCUCACCGAAUGCUUCAUCAUGAAGGAAAGAAUUUAUAUUUAUUUGGGAGUGAUUUCAACAUCAUUGUAGGAUAGUAUAUCAAGAGAAGGAAUCUGAUUGAGUUCGCAUUCCAUUGCACAAAGUUUUAUUUAUUCCUUUUGUUUUUCUGUGAUGUAUUCCCACGCGUUUAGCCCCAUCCUCAAGAUUUUGAAUUGAUCUCAAGUCCGAAUGUGAUGGAAGGAUUCUGUUUUGUUUCAACUUCUGUUUUCUGAGAUAGAGAAGGUCCCCUAAAUUUCAUGCAGAUAGGCUUUAUGUUCCAAAGCGUGUUGACAUCAUUGGCAUUCAGCAGUGAUUGGAGGUGCUCAGAACUGAAUACUUCUCAUUAAUCCAAUGAAUCUGUUUUUCUCUUUAAGCUCAAGAUGAUGUGCCAAAUGUGUAUAAUGAUGACAUUGUGAUAUCUUUCCCACCACCCUGUGCUAAUUUUGCCUCUUGGGCCAUA